AUGGAUGGUGACGGUUUAGGUACUAAACGACAUUCUCGUACGCAGUCGCUAGAGGACGCCACGAAGACUCCCAAUGCGAAGCGUUUUGAUCAGCGCAGUGGUUUUAAAGGACUUGUUAGGUCUGGCAAUAAACGACAUCAACGAAAGCAUUCGCAGGAGGAGUCGGCGGAAAUUCAUAAUGUCAAGCGCUCGGCUCAAUAUAAAGAGCACCAAGGACUUGACGAAUUGUCAGAUUCGGCCGAAGACUUUGAAGCUGCGUACGUCGUGAAUUCAGUGGGAGAAAUGCCGACUAUGUAUAAGUCGGCGAUGGAAUCCAGCGACGCCGAAGACGAUGUAUGCGGUCCGAUGCAGACAGCUACCUUUGGUGGUAUGCGGUACUUCGUAACAUUUAUCGACGAGAACUCACACUUCAUCAUGGUGUACUUGCUGCGAAACAAGUCAGAAGUCGCAGGUAAGUUUGCUUCUUUUGUUGCUUACGCAGAGACUCAGACUGGUAAGGUCUUGAAAGCUCUUUGCUGCGAUAAUGGUGGCGAGUAUUCGUCUAGCAAAUAG